AUGCUGGUCAUCAAGAUGUAUGCCAUUUCUCUUGCUUGCUUUUACGUCCUGCUCGAUGCAGCUAAGAUUCAGAGCGUUUAUCCCAGCAGGGGAUCCACAGAAGGCGGGACCUACCUGGUGAUCAGCGGCUCCGGAUUUAUGAUGCCGGUGGAGGCGAACCCUUGGGACUCACAAGUGGUCUUUGUUGGGGCCAAGGCGUGCCACAUCCUCGCGCACUACACCUCCUCCACGCAGAUCGUGUGCGAAACCUCGCCGCACGACUUCACGGCGGAGAGCUCCGGGUCUCUCACUGUCAGUGUACAGAUGUUUGGUGGCCUGGGUUUGGCGUCGUACACCUCCUUGAGCAGUGCCUUCCAGUACAACUGGUACGACACGCCCAUGAUCCACUGGUCGGACGGCUGGGGCGGGACUGGUGGAGACGUGGUGCAGUUUGCAGGCGACGUGUAUCCAGGGGCUUCCGUUGCGGGUCAGUUCGACAUCCGCAUCGGAGACGCGCGGUGCGGGGUGGACGAGGAGGCGGGGAUCUGA